AUGUCUGAAUCAUCUGCUACUGUCCUCGUCCUUCACGGUGCAAAGGACCUCCGAGUGGAGAAGCGCACCCUCCCAGCUCCGGCAGUCGGUGAGGUUCAAGUGGCCGUACAAGCCACUGGUCUUUGCGGCUCUGACCUACACUACUACUCCCACGGCCGCAAUGGCGACUUCGUCGUGCGCGAGCCAAUGUGUCUGGGUCACGAAUCUGCCGGUACAGUAACAGCCAUUGGUCCCAACGUCACAAGCCACAAAGUUGGCGACCGCGUUGCACUGGAAGUCGGACUUCCCUGUCGCAAAUGCUCCCUCUGCCAACAAGGCCGCUACAAUAUCUGUCCCUCAAUGCAGUUCCGCAGUAGUGCAAAGGUCUUCCCCCAUCUAGAUGGCACGCUUAUGGAGCGCACAAACCACCCAGCGGAGAUGUGUCACAAACUCCCAUCAAAUGUUACCGACGCAGGCGGUGCCCUCGUGGAACCCCUCGCCGUCUGCCUUCAUGCCAUCCGUCGCUCUCGUCCUCCAACACCAGAGCAGGUCGCAAUCGCCCGCUCAACGGGUGAAGCCACAGCUGCACUGGUCUUCGGCGCUGGUGCAAUUGGUCUCCUACUCGCAUCUGCGCUCGCCACAAAUGAGAACUUCACUUCCAUCCUUGUCGCUGAUAUCGAUGCCUCCCGCCUUGAGAUCGCCGCCUCCCUUGGUCUCGGCCUUAAGACUGCUCUUAUUCCCCUUCGUGAUCCAGCGAAUCCAGCCCCGCCUAAGGAUGCGCCUCACGCGGAGCAGACGGCCUGGGCCCUUGCUAAUGCCCAAUCUUUGGCUGCGAAGCUGACUGAGGCGGCUGGCUCAGACGAUGGUCUGACGGUUCCGGAUUUCACACGAGUAUAUGAUUGCACUGGUGUGCCUUCUUGUGUCCAGGCUGGAAUCUAUGCUUCCCAGGCUGGUGGUGUCCUUGUGCAGGUUGGCAUGGGUAACCCCAUCCAGACUCUCCCCGUUGGUGCGGCUGCUCUGCGUGAGGUUGAUAUUAUCGGAACUUUCCGAUAUGAUGGACAUGCAUACCCCGCUGCUAUUGCUUUGCUGCAGAGUGGCAAGAUGGAAACUACAGAGGCUAAGGUCGUCACUCACCGGAUCAAGCUUGAAGAUGGUGAGCGGGCGUUUGCCUUGGCUGGUAAGGGUGUUGAUGAGGAAGGACGGCCCGUUGUGAAGGUUAUUAUUGAAGGUCCCAGUGAAUCUGCUCGGGCUAGUCUGUAA